GUAUCUGUGAAAUAAAAAUAGGACAUACAAUUGGAAUUUAUCUGAAAUGCCAGGAUUUUGGAAGCCAAGCAUUUUAAUCUUAUUCCAGGGUUUUGUGUUUGUGUUUAUGAUCAGCUGGGAAAGGAAACUAACAGAUGCCCAGGACCAACCAACUGUUUGUGGCGAUAUGCCAGUGGUCUCAGUAAGAGAGGACACCCUGCCCGGCACUGUGCUGUUGAAUUUCACAAAUUCUUCCAUUCCUGGAGUCACUGAUAUUGUUAUUGAGCGCAUAGUGCCUGCUGAUGGAUUUGUCAGCCUGAACAUCAGUAGAAGAGCAUUUGUUCUUAAACAUGCCAUAGAUGCAGAAAACAUGACUGACGUAAGUCAUUGAGAAACACAGGGAUAUUGUCACCCUUCCCCCAAAACUCUUUAUUUACUGCCUUACAAACAUUCUUUUGGGUAAUAAA